GGAUGCAUGAGCGUGUGUGCUGCACGUGAAACUUGAGGAAACGUAGCAGAGAGCUGGAAGUUCAUCUCGUCGUAGCCACACUCUCAGUUAAUACCAGCCUGAGCACCAUGAAGAUGCUGGCUCUGCUGCUGUUCAGCACCAUCCUACAAGGUCCUGUCUGUGAGUCUGUGACGGUGAGCAGCAGUAAACCCCAAGUGGAGGUCCAUGAGCAUACAGAUGCUGUUCUGUUCUGUGAGUUCAGGACAGAAAGAGACCACAAUCCCCGCAUUGAGUGGAAGAAAAAAGGGAAGGGAGUGACUUUUGUUUACUUUAACAACAAGUUCACUGGACCGUAUGCAGCGCGGGCCAAGAUAGAGGGAGCCACCCUGACCAUCCACUCCGUCACCCUGAAGGACUCUGGAGAAUACCGCUGUGAGGUGACGGCCAGCGAGGACCACGUCAGUCUGGGGGAGGCCACUGUGACCCUCAGUGUGCUCGUGCCUCCACAUGUUCCGUCCUGCGACGUGCCGAGCUCGGUUUUCAUCGGCGCAGACCUGGAGCUUCUCUGUAAAGAUAAGCUCAGCGUCCCUCCAGCCACCUACAGCUGGUACAAAGACAACAAACCUCUGAAAGCCUCCGGAGAAACUCCCUACAGCGUCGACACAAAGAAAGGCACUUUGAAGCUGAAAAGCGUGUCUAAAGCAGAUUCAGGGAUGUACCGCUGUGAGUCCUCCAACAGUGUGGGGGCACCCAAGAGCUGUGUCGCCCAACAGCUGAAAGUUCUGGACUAUCCUUUAAACAUGACCAUUCUGAUAGCUGGAGCAUCUGGGUUUGUGGCUCUGGUCCUUUUCUGCUGCAUCUGCAUUUGUGUCUGCCGCCGCAGAGGCUGCUGCAACAAGAGUAAAAAGACAAAAAGUAACAAGCCCUACUGCCCUCCUCCACCUCCUCCUCCACCUUCCCGUAAUGUGAGUGUUAUCUGGGAAUGGUCUUGGGUUUGGCAUGAAAUGCAGAUUAAAGAAAUGUUCCUUUUGUUUUUUGUUUUUUUUUUAGUUCAGGAGCUACAAACAGACUCAGUCCUUUAUGAUCUGAGGCUGCAUCACGGCGGGUUCCAGUGGAGCUUCGACUCGCCGAGUUUUCUGCAGAUGAAGUCAUUUCUGAAAUGGUUUCUUCUGUAAAUGUUUCCUUUCAGCACUUCGGCUGUUAGCUGUCACUUUGACGCCAGUGUUUGUGACUGCCCACGGGGUGUUGGACAAAAUGUAAAUAUGUUAGCUUUAGGAACUCUUUAUACAUCUAAUGUAAAGGUUAUUUUUUGUUCUUUUUAAUAUAGUUAGUUUUUAUAAACCUGUUUUUGUGUUUUAUGUGUAUUAUUGGUUGAACAGGUGUCUGUACGCACUGAAAGGCCUUAAAGGAUCCUUUAAAAUGUUCUCUUUUUUUCUUUAUCAAUAAAACAGAUAUAAAAUUUGAA